GCAGGCAUCGAUCUUAUUGUAUGACAGCAUCCACUACAUUCCUACCCAGGCAGUGGCACUUCCGUAAUUCUGUCCCUUAAUUACAAAGCAUUUCUCUCUCGCUUUCUCUCGCACAUUAACAAGAGGUCUUGCGAAUACAAAGCCAAAGACCCUCCUCUGAUCUUCCUUCCCUCGCUCUGUCUCUCUCUCUCCCUCUAUCAUUCUUUAACACCGGGAUCUCUAGCUCUUACGAUUUGCAAAAAUGCCUCUCAGACUUGAAAUAAAGAGGAAACUUGCUCAAAGAUCAGAAAGAGUAAAAUCUGUGGAUCUACAUCCUACUGAACCAUGGAUUCUAGUGAGUUUGUAUUCAGGGACUGUUUGUAUUUGGAACUACCAGUCACAGACCAUGGCAAAAUCUUUUGAGGUCACUGAGUUACCAGUUAGGUCAGCAAAGUUUAUUGCACGAAAGCAAUGGGUUGUUGCUGGAGCUGAUGACAUGUUUAUUCGCGUAUACAACUACAAUACAAUGGAUAAGAUUAAAGUGUUUGAGGCGCAUACAGAUUACAUCAGAUGUGUGGCUGUCCAUCCUACCCUUCCAUAUGUGCUGUCAUCAUCUGAUGAUAUGCUCAUAAAGCUUUGGGAUUGGGAGAAAGGUUGGGUAUGCACUCAGAUAUUUGAGGGACAUUCCCAUUAUGUGAUGCAAGUGACAUUUAAUCCAAAAGAUACAAAUACUUUUGCGAGUGCAUCCCUUGAUCACACCAUAAAGAUUUGGAAUCUUGGCUCACCCGACCCAAAUUUUACACUGGAUGCCCAUCAGAAAGGAGUAAAUUGUGUUGAUUACUUUACUGGUGGUGAUAAACCUUAUCUAAUCUCAGGUUCUGAUGAUCACACUGCUAAGGUGUGGGAUUAUCAGACCAAAAGUUGUGUCCAGACACUAGAAGGCCACACUCACAAUGUUUCUGCAGUAUGUUUUCAUCCCGAACUUCCUAUAAUAAUAACAGGUUCUGAGGAUGGGACAGUUCGCAUAUGGCAUUCAACAACUUACAGGCUUGAGAACACAUUGAAUUAUGGUCUUGAAAGAGUCUGGGCCAUUGGAUACAUGAGAGGCUCACGCCGUGUUGUGAUUGGUUACGAUGAAGGAACCAUUAUGGUCAAAAUUGGCCGAGAAGAACCCGUAGCUAGUAUGGAUAACAGUGGGAAGAUUAUAUGGGCCAAGCAUAAUGAAAUUCAAACUGUUAACAUUAAGAGCGUGGGAGCAGAUUUUGAGGUUACUGAUGGAGAAAGAUUGCCUUUGGCUGUCAAGGAGUUGGGAACAUGUGAUCUUUAUCCACAAAGUUUAAAGCACAAUCCCAAUGGGAGAUUUGUUGUUGUCUGUGGAGAUGGUGAGUACAUCAUAUAUACAGCUUUAGCCUGGAGAAACAGAUCAUUUGGUUCAGCAUUGGAAUUUGUUUGGUCGUCGGAUGGUGAAUAUGCUGUUAGAGAAAGUACCUCAAAGAUCAAAAUUUUCAGUAAAAAUUUCCAGGAAAAGAGGAGUGUCCGACCAACAUUUUCUGCUGAGCAUAUUUAUGGAGGGACUUUGUUGGCAAUGUGUGCAAAUGACUUCAUUUGUUUUUAUGAUUGGGCUGAAUGCAGGUUGAUUAGGCGAAUUGAUGUUACUGUCAAAAAUCUUUAUUGGGCUGAUAGUGGUGAUUUGGUGGCAAUUGCUAGUGAUACGUCAUUCUACAUCCUCAAAUACAACCGCGACCUAGUUUCAUCUUAUUUAGAUAGUGGAAGACCUGUUGAUGAACAAGGUGUUGAGGAUGCCUUUGAGCUUCUCCAUGAAACCAAUGAACGUGUCAGGACUGGCUUAUGGGUUGGGGAUUGCUUUAUAUACAACAACUCUUCCUGGAGACUUAACUAUUGUGUUGGAGGAGAGGUAACCACCAUGUAUCAUUUGGACCGCCCAAUGUACUUGUUGGGAUAUCUUGCUAAUCAGAGUCGGGUGUAUCUAAUAGACAAAGAAUUCAAUGUUAUGGGGUACACUCUACUUCUUAGCUUAAUUGAGUACAAGACUCUAGUGAUGCGUGGGGACCUGGAUAGAGCCAAUGAAAUUUUACCUUUAAUUCCUAAAGAGCAUCAUAAUAGUGUGGCUCGUUUCUUGGAAUCACGAGGUAUGAUAGAGGAUGCUUUGGAGGUAGCUACAGAUCCUGAUUACAAAUUUGAGCUAGCUAUACAGCUUGGCAGAUUGGAGAUUGCAAAGGAAAUUGCCACUGAAGUGCAGAGUGAGUCAAAGUGGAAGCAGUUGGGAGAAUUAGCUAUGUCUACUGGAAAGUUAGAAAUGGCUGAGGAAUGUAUGAAGCGCGCAACAGACUUGAGUGGUUUGUUGCUUUUAUAUUCUUCUUUAGGAGAUGCUGAAGGGAUGUCAAAACUUGCAUCGCUUGCAAAAGAGCAAGGGAAGAACAAUGUUGCAUUCCUUUGUUUGUUUAUGUUGGGCAAAUUGGAAGAUUGCCUCCAGCUUUUGGUGGAAAGUAAUCGAAUACCUGAGGCCGCUUUGAUGGCACGAUCCUAUCUUCCAAGCAAGGUUUCAGAGAUUGUAGCAAUUUGGAGAAAAGAUCUCAACAAGGUUAACCCAAAAGCUGCAGAAUCUUUGGCUGAUCCUGAUGAGUAUCCAAAUAUGUUUGAUGAUUGGCAAGUGGCUCUAGCUGUUGAAUCUAAAGUUACAGAGACAAGGGGUGUAUAUCCUCCUGCAGAGGAGUACAUCGGCCAUGCUGAUAAAUCUCAAAUGACCCUUGUUGAGGCUUUCAGAAAAUUGCAAGUAGAAGAACCUCUUGAAAAUGGAGACUAUGAUCAUGAGGCUGCAGAACAAAAUGGAGAUGAGCAGAUAAAUGAGGAACAUAAUGGAGAAGAAGGGAGCCAAGAGGAGGCUGUUGUGGUGGAUGCUGAUUCUACAGAUGGUGCAGUUCUUGUCAACGGAAACGAGGCUGAGGAAGAGUGGGGUAUGAAUAAUGAAGGAACCCCGUCAGCCUAAAAGCAGUUGGUUGGGGCACUGUGAAAAUCCAAAUUUUGUCUCUGUGCUUACACCACAUCACUAGGUCCACUUCAAGACAAUUGGCUCCCGCUGUAUUAGUCCCUUACUCAAAAGUGAGAAAAGCUUCCUUAGAUAGGGUGGCUAGGUUUGGGUAGUGACGAGCACAAUUUGAAUUGAGCAUCAGUGAAUGCAACCACUCUGUAUUUGUUGGAAAAUACUGGAGAAAUUCAACAGGAAGUGUGACAUUCCCGGACGUUGGACAUUGUGACCGUCAUAUAUAAUUGAAAUUUUGUAUACCAUUAGGUGUGACUUUUGAUGAUUAUGCCAUAAGCCCCAUUUGUACCUGAGGUGUUUAUUUUAUUUUAUUUUAUUGUACAAUUAGCCAUAAACCUCCACAUACUUGGGUGCACACAAAAAAUAGGGUUGUCAUUUAUUUUUUUAUUGAGCAUUUUAAAUAUGGAUGGAAUUUAUUACUUUAUUUUCGCUUGAUGUUCAUUAUAUGGUGAAAUAUUGUAGAAUUUGAUUGAAAA